AUGACGUGCGAGGGCGAGAUCGCCUGGUGCCAGGGGCUGGGGGAGCGCGGGCUGGCGGCCUACGCGGAUGCAGCGCCCGCCAUUGUGAUCUGGGACAUGAAGAUGGAGGAACCCGUCCAAAUGGUGCAUCUGGCCCAUUUGGGAACGGGGCCAGGCAGGCUGGGCGGAAGGAGGUCGCCCCCGGCACGUGUUGCCGCUUCGCCGGACGGGGCCUGGAUCGCCGUUGCUGCUAGGGACCAUGAUGGGGACGCCGUCACCAUUCGCUUGCAGGUGUUUGAGACAAGGGGCAUGUUUACUGUGCUGGAUGUUACACAACAGCUGCGGUCUGGAGAUGAGGCGCAAUGGGCCCAGGACCUGAUGUUUGACCAGCGUGGGAGGCGCAUAAUCUUGGGCGUAGACCAUGCAAGGCUGCAGGUGUGGUUUCCAAUGUGCCUGAUGCAUGGGACCAGCACCAUUUCGCUGCCAUUGCUCCAGGGAGUCCCCUUCGAUGCCAGUGCACCCAGUGCUGGACUGACAAGCCCUGCACUGUCCAGUCCUGGUCUUGCCAGCCCGGGGCAGCCAGCUGCUGUCGAUCAGCGGAAAAGCAGUCCACCGAAGCUGUGUUCAUUUUCGCACAAUGGCAAUGCCCUCGCGAUCGCAUUUGGGAGCGGCAUGGAGACGGACCAGCCAGAUGAAGAGGUGGAGGUGAUGGUGUGGAAAUUGUGUUUUUGCAAGCCAUCGGGCAAGGGCAAAGUGGCACCGCCUCUGAGGGGCGCUUGGAAUGGCCUUCAUGCCCUUGCCCUGGACAGCGAUGGUAGCAGGUGUGUGAUAGCAAUUAAGGCGGCCCUUGACACACCUGCACGCAUUGUGCUGUGGGAGCUUGGCAGACCAAAGGUUCAGGAUUGGGCCCUGAAAAUGGACGCCGAUGAGGGUACGGUGGCAGCACACCUCGACCAGCAGUAUGUGUGGACUACCAAACCUGGUGACCCUCCUGUGGCUGCUGUGGGGUUCACAACGGGGGGGGAAGUGGUGGUCUGUGACUCCAUGGGAGUAUUGACAUUUUACACAACAGGCAACCCCAAUCCCACGUACAAGAGCAAUAGGCAGAGGUCCCCUGGUGCCACCUGCUCUAUCUCGUCCAUAGGCAGCCAUGCUGUGGUGCUUAAAAAGAACCUGCCCCUGGAGAUAUGGAACCUUCAGACCCACCAAGUGACCACCUAUUUGGACUUUACGAGGCAGGGCUUCCCAUACAAUGGGAUGACUGCGUGCGGUGGUCUCUUCUUGGACGGGGGUGUCCUGCUGGGCAACGUUGGUCGGGGUCCCCUGUUUGUGAAGCCGGAAGGGGACCUUGUUGUUGACAUGUGUGGUCAGGAGGCCUUGAUUGUGGGGAUUGAGGAUGGGCAUCCGUGUGUCAGCGUGUUCAACAACAGAACCCUGGGGCUGAUUCGAGCGAGUCAGGAACACGGUGAGCGAAUCGAAGAGUUCACUGGCAUCAGAAAAGGUGUCAAGGAGCUGAGGUAUGCGCAAGAUGGGCAAGAUGUGAAGGAGAUGGACCAUUCGAUCCUUGCGGUGAGUGGCAAUGGAAGGGUGGUUGCAGCAGUGACGGAGUACGGGAGCAUGCGAAUCUGGACGCCAUUUGCAGCCGACAUGUGCCUUCCCAACUACCGCCAACUGGAGUUGCAGUACUCCCCUUUUGAGGGCAAGGAAGAGAAGAUGAUGGAGCUACUGGAGGAGCAUGGGGCCGCCAUUUUGAAUCACCCCAACCACGAAGGCAAGUCGCUCUUUUUCAGGUCUGUGGAGGAGAAAAACUCAGCAUGGGUUACAGUGAUGGUGGACUGGGCACGUGAGGAGGGCAAGACGAUCUGCCUGCAUGCCUGUGGGCCCGGUGCCAUGGCUGCCAAAGACCCGCAGACUAGGAAUCGGGAUGAGCUCAGUGCCCUGGACAUCGCUCUGGCGGCUCGGGACGGGGAGAUGGUGCGUUUGCUGCUGGAUGUGGUGCUUGACGGGCCCACCACAUUUUCGGAGGCUGCAAGCGUGGUUGAGCACUCCUUUCCAGAUCUGCUUAGAGUCUUCCCGGCACUGUUUGAGGAGGCGCUGUGUAGUGACAGGAUUUUGAGGCCUGUCGAGGCGUCAGGGCUUGCCAGGAAGCUGGAAGCCCCUGUGGACGUGUUUAAAAAUGACAACUCGUUCGUUGUGGGGGCCCAUAAUGCACAGAUCUACUCUUCAAGACAGCUGAGCGCACUAUUUGCGGAGUGCAAUUCCAGGGUUGCGAAGCUGCUCAAGGAAAGGGAGAAGCAUGUAGCUGAGCUGAACCACCUGGACCACCAUCAUGGCCAAAUGAACUAUACUUGCUCGGACCGCACAUUGCCCAUUUCCUGCAAAAUCCUUCCAUGGUCGAAUGCUGCGAAGGUUGGCAGGGAGGGAGCACUGCGGCAGCUACGGUUUCGGCAGCCCCACGCUGACGCCUUCCCCUCGAUGGCUAUGAAAGCCAUAGUCGCAUACAAAUGGGAUCUCUUUGCGAGGCGCAAGAUGCUGGUGGACUUGGGGCUGCAUGUCCUGUUGCUGCUGUCCUACUCCCUGUUCUGGGUCAAAUGGGAGAACCUCCUUGAGAUCUUCGCAGUGGAGUCGCUUCCUGACUGGCAGUACGAGGUGAUGCUAUGGAUAUCUUUCCUGUUGGCGAUUUGGAAGCUGGGCCAGAAGGGGCGCCAGAUACGAUACCUCUGGAGGGAUGGGCUGGAGAUGGAGCAGCGGAUGACGAAGAGAGAUGCACAGGGCAUGAACUUUGGCGACAGCAUGUGGCACUUCAGUGGUCUGAGGCACUGGGCGAGGUCCAAGUGGAACAUCCUGGAGACAGUGGCAUAUAUUUCAGUGGUCGCAACCUCCAUCCCGGAAGCCAUCGACUAUCGUACCAUUGGAUCAAAAGAGACGCUGGAUGUGUGGGAGUACUACCAGUCCACCCACUGCAUGGCCGCAGCCACCUCACUCCUGCUUUGGUGGAAGCUUCUGUACUAUGCUGCAGCUACGCGUGCCACUGCACCCCUUGUUGUCGCUCUCUUUCAGGUUUUCUGGGAUGUGCGCUAUUUCCUGGUGCUGUUUGCCGCCAACUUCUUGGGCUUCACCACUGCCGUGCAUAUCCUCCUUCUCGACGAUGUGAAGUGCCAAUGCGCAGACUUCGAGUCCACCGCCACACAAUUCACCCUCAAUGCCACUGGCAAUAUAACAUCGCUACAGGGCGUCUUCAACGAAUUCGACGGCGGUGAGACGAAUUUCAAAGGGGAGUCCGAAUGCGAAUCGACGCCCCGCGGCUACCUGGACCCCGAGGACAGGGACCUUUUCUGUGGGGCGUACGCCGGUUGGUACCGCGUGUCGGUGACCAUGGUUGGCAUGAUGCUGGGCCAGUUCGACCCCGCCACCUUCAACCUGGCCUCCAACCGAUACUUCUCUGUCAUGAUCUUCUCCCUCUACCUCCUCAUCUCCUUCAUAAUGCUGCUCAACCUGCUCAUCGCCAUCAUCUCGGACAGUUUCGACAACGUGCGGCGCAACGAGGAGGCCCAGUUCCUCAUCGGCAGGGCCGAGGUCAUAGAGGACCUGGAGGACAGGAUGCUGUCACGGCACAAGGAAGCCGUACAGAAAAAGAUUGGCCGCUAUUUGUAUGUUUUGGAACCGGAGGAAAAAUCUCGACACGGAAUUUGGCAUGGGAGGAUUCGAGCUCUGGAGAACACAGUCAAGGAAGAACUCCUCAAGGUGGAAAGGAGGCUUGACAGCAAGGUGGAUGGCGUCAAGAUGGAAAUACUGGAAGCGCUGCAGGGAGGCCCGAUACGGCGCACGGUCUCGCGGCUGAGAGGAGACAUUUCACUGAGGUGGACGGGGUGA